AUGCGUUUACCUGAGUUGAGUUUGAUACUAAAGUUAUUGACUACCUUAAAGCUUGAUUUACUAAAGCUAAAAGGAGAUGUAAAAUUUUAUGUCCUUGAAAACGGUGUAAAAACCGUUAUUGGUAUCGUAGAGAUGAAAUCCCCAUCCCCCCUUUCGUUUCCUUCUUCCUCAUUCUUCUUCCGUCAUAACCCUAAUUUUUUUUCUCAGCAUUAG